UAGCAAUGUUGUAAAGAAACAUGGUGAGGUGCACGUUUUUGGAUAGUUUUUGGUAUAUAACAGUUAUUAUGGUGGGACUAUGGUGAAGAAGAAAGAAACAAAACUAUGUCAGAUUUGUUCUUGUGUGAGGAAUCCGAGAAAUAAAAUGGAUGUUCCAAAUCGAUUGUACCAAACGUAGGGAAUAACAUCAAAAAAUAAAGAUGGAUGUCAGAAGAGUGAAGGCUGUCCUUCGUGGGUCGAUGUUAGAUCUUCCUUAUCGCAACUCCAGGGUUGUGAGGAUCUUCAUCAGUUCAACAUUCACAGAUACAAGAGAGGAAAGAAAUUUAUUGAUAGAAGAGGUUCAUCCAAAACUGACAUCCUAUUGCAGGAAGAAGUAUGGACUUGAAUACCAGGUGGUUGACAUGCGCUGGGGAGUUCCUGAUGAUGCUGCUGACGAUCACCUGGCUACUUCCCUCUGUCUUCAGGAAAUACAAAACUGUCAACGCCUGUCCACUGGACCCAACUUUGUGACAUUUCUAAACCAGAAACAUGGGUUCCAUCACCUCCAGUCCUCGAUUCCCAGUAAGGAGUUUGAUGAACUCAUCCAGGCUCUACAGACUCUUGAUCAGGAUCACAGUCUGCUGGACGUUUGGUACAAACAGGACACCAACUGUAUACCACCAGUACAUAUACUGCAGCCAAUCAGCUCCAUCAUAACAGAAUACAAAAACAAGACAAGUGAUGCUGUUAAUGAAUGGAACAGAGUACAAAUCAACUUGAGGCAGUUACUGAAAACAGCCAGUCAGCAUUGUUUUGACAAUGGGAAAAUGGGUGCAGAAGAAAAGCACAAAUACUUCAUGUCAGUGACGGAGGAGGAAGUACUGCAAGGAAUACUGAAGACAGCUGGAAAACCAAAGAACCACUGUCUGUGUUUCAUAAGAAUCAUUGAUGACUUACAGUUUCACUUGAGGCACAAUAAAGCUUCGCGCUUCAUUGAUAUGGUGAACCAGGAAAAAGUAGACGAAGAGGCUCAGGAAAUUCUCUCCAAUCUAAGAGAUGAAACAGUCUUCAGUAAAAUGGAAUCUUCCAAUAUAUCAAAGAAGAAUGUGAAGUGGAGUGAACAAGGUGGGAUAAGUAAAGAGGAACACAGCCAAUACCUUUGUGAGUUUGGGGACAUAUUCUACACUGGAGUCAAACAGCUCAUCGACAAAGCUGUGCAGGAGGAACUCAAACUGGCCCAUGAUGACAUAUACCUAGAGGUGUUGCAGCACCUGACCAUGGCUAAAGAGAGGUGUUCCAUGUUCCAUGGUAGAGAGGACGUUCUAGAGCGAGUUGCUACUUACCUGUGUGGGGACUCAAAUGAACCAUUGACAGUCUUUGGACCCUCUGGAAGUGGUAAAACCUCAAUCAUGGCUGAGGUAGCUCGUCAGGUUCCAUUUACAUACAAGAAGGAUGCAAUCAUUAUCCUGCGAUUCCUAGGUACUUCCCCAGCCAGCAGUAACCUUUGGCGCCUCCUAAAGAGUCUUGUCACCCAGAUCUUGUCCAACAUCAAUGGUGACCUUGACAGCAUUCCAGCAGAAUUCAACAAACUCCUGGCAUUCUUUCAGUCCCUCAUUGAGAAGUAUGACCAGCAGUCAUCCAAGCCUCUAGUAAUCUUGCUGGACUCGCUUGACCAGCUGAGUUCUGAUUUUGGAGCUCACAAACUUCGAUGGCUACCGAAAAAGCUUGGAAAGAAUGUACGAAUUGUGACAUCAACAUAUACAGAGUCUAAUGACAUUAUCAAUUCUCUUAAGUCGUUGUUUUUGGCCGACAGUUUCAUUAUGGUGAAAAUUCUGGGUGAGGAUAUAAGUGUAAAGAUCCUGAAGACAUGGCUGCUGUCCAGGAACAGAACUUUGAAUAAUGAGCAGCUUGAUUAUGUUCAGGAAGCCUUCAAGAAAUGCAGCCUACCUCUGUAUGUGAAAUUAGUGUUUGAAGAUGUUCUGACAUGGAAAUCAUACACACAGGUCACAGUUGAUACCCUUUCCUACACGGUACAGGAGAUCAUCAACUCCUUGUUACUGAGGCUUGAGACCAAACAUGGGAAGAUUUUUGUCAGUCGUACCCUGGCCUAUAUCACCGCCUCUCAGUCCGGUAUAAGUGAGGCAGAGCUGGAAGAUGUUCUAUCCCUUGAUGAUACGUUGUUAACGAGUGUGUUUCAGUACCAUGUGCCUCCGUUUAGGAGAAUUCCGUCUGCACUGUGGGUGAGGGUACGACAUGACAUCGGCAGUUAUCUGGUAGACAAAGAAGUGGACGACACCAGGGUCUUUUUCUGGUAUCACAGGCAGUUUUAUGAGGCUGCUGAAAAACGGUAUCUAUCAGAUUCUAAAUUCAGCAUGGAAGUUCACUCUUUGUUGGCAGACUUCUAUCUGGGGACGUGGCACAACAAACAAAAACCAUUCCAAUACAGUGAAUCCCAAUACAAGAAGCUAGGCCUUGCCUCACCGAACAGUGAAGCAGACAGAAAAGUGGCAGAUCAACCGAUCAGUUUCCAUUUUACAGAGGAUGAAGUAGAGGAGAAGAGAUUCAAUCUAAGAAAACUCAACAAGCUACCGUUUCAUCUCAUCAACGCGGACAGAAAUUCUGAAUUGCGAAGCAUAUGUUUGUUCAAUUAUGAUUGGUUGCUAGCAAAAUUGACAGCGACGUCAGUUCAGCAGCUCCUGUCUGAUUUCCUUUUGUCAAGGCAGAAUAAGGACGGAAUCCUGCAGCGCGUUCUGAAGACAGCACAGUCAACUCUCGCAAAAUACCCCAAGACACUUGCUAUGGAAAUUUCUGGUCAUCUCUUACCACUGUUGUCUGAUGCUAAAAACAGUGCAGAGAAAUUCUUGGUUGAGGAUUGUUUGAACAGGAUCCGAUCAGACAAAGCAACUCUACCAUAUCAAACCUGUUAUAAUACUCCAAAGGAAGCCCUUCUAUUCAAGUUUGAACAUCAGGGUAUCCCGUUUGGAUGUUCUCUUGUGGCCAUUUCAAACGACUCCUCCCAUCUCAUUGCUUUAGCAGAAAACAAUGUCUUGGUAAUGUGGGACCUCACAACUGGAGAAAUAGAACAACAGGUCAAUCUAUUUGACCCGGACAUUGUGAAGCUUAACAUCAUGAUGACUUCUCCUGAACAAAACCUUGCGAUGUUUUACUCCAGCUAUCAGAAGCAGCGGAACCAAGUGGUCGUGGUCAACAUGUCAACUGGCGAUAUAUUAAACUGUGUGUCAUUGGAGAAGACUUACCCUGGUGUAGGUUUUACAGAUAGUCUUUCGUUUGUCUUGACGGAAACAAAAAUUAUCUGCAUGUACAUAGGUCAUUCAGCAGAUCUGUUUGACCGGCAGACAGGAAAGCAUAUAUCACAAUUUGAUGUAGUAGCGGAUGACAUGUUUUUGCUUCCAGAACAGGACCGUAUCAUGUUUCGUGACAAGAUGUCACGGAAGUAUAGACUAUUCGACGUCAACUCCGGAGAAAAACUAGCGGAAACAGAAAUUCAGCAAGUACCAAAGAAAGUUAUACCAGAUCCCUCAGGUAAAGAAGCAGUCGUCAUCUUCAAGGAUUCUUCUACCUUCAGUGUUAUUGGUCUUGAUACCAAUAACAAGAAAUUGGGAUGUGUCCUUAGUGAGAGAAAUAUCUCUCAGAAGACACCAACAUCUCUCGUUAUUACUGAUGUGAAGUUUGCAUUGGACAAGGAAAACCUUCUAUUGACAACGAACCAAGGAUUUGUCCUGCACCAUUACAAAUCAAAUCGGAAGAUGCAAGCAUUUGUAAUUCCCGAUGAUGUCAAACCUGAUCACAAAGUUCUGUCUUUUGAAGGACACAUGACACCAGACAGGACAUUUUUCGUUUCGGCAUACGAAGGUUAUCUUAUCGUUUGGGACACAGAGACCAGCAGGGUUCUACAGACCAUGGAAAUAAGUCGCUCCAAAAUAACGGCGGCUAUAAUGUCUGAAAAUGGAUAUUUUCUUGUCACAACACACAAGCGGAAUAAUGUUUUAACAGUGUGGAGAAUCUCAUCACUUGUGUCAAAACAGGUCUCUUUUGAACCAAUAACAAUCAAAAGUGCCCCACGUUACAUGGAUGUGUCGGAGAGGGGGCAAACUGCAGUAAUGCGGGGAAACAUGUCAAACGAGGUGGCCAUCCUAGAUAUUCUUGGUGGUUGUAUAAAGUUUUAUAUCUCCAAAGAUUAUGAGGUGAUGCAGCCUGUCAUCACUCCUGACGGUGAACAUGUCGUUCUGAGAGAAUAUAGUUCUGAGAAUGUCCUGAAGGUGUGGAGCACUGGAACCGGACACCUGUGUAGUUCUGUCCCGUUGUCAAGUCUCCUUGUAAAGUAUCAUGUACUUGCUGACGAUAAAAUGGCUGUUUAUGUUAACAAUGCCGGCGAAGCUCAAGUCAGCUUCUGGAGCAUACCGGCAUCAAAACACAUCAAUACACUGGAGCUCGGAGCAGCUUUAAUCGGCGACAUGUUCAUGUUCUUCGAUUCUACCAGUGACAAUAUCGUCAUUUCAGAAUCAAUCUCAUCAGGAGAGGUUUACUUGUCAAAUCUGGUUGUUUACAAUAUUGAAACAGGUGAAAAGAGGCUAACCUUUCCCCGAGUUGUCUCAUGUUGCACUCAUCCUCUUGUGAAGGAUAAGGACUUGGUUCUGCUUCAACAGUGUGAUGAAGGAUCUGACACCAAAUCACUGAUUGUCCUUGACAUCAAGUCAGGUGAGGUCAGGAAAAAAGGUAGCAUUUGUUCACCUACUAGGCUGUUCACGUGUCAGGACGGUCGCUAUGGCAUAGACAGACUCAGGAAUUUGUACAACCUGGAAAAAAUGACUUUGGAAUUUCAAUAUGACCCUGAUGGGGACUAUCCCAAAAGACCAAGUAAUCAAGCAAGUCCAAAGUUAAGUACUGAUGGACAUAUUGCUGUGUGGGCAAACGUCUACGCAUGCCUGUUGAUGAUAGGUGACACCCAGACGGGAACUACGACCAGUAUCUGUCCGGUACAUAGUAUACCACUGUCCCUCACCGUCACCCUACAUGAUCUGCUCCUCAUUGGAUGUGAGGAUGGACGUCUAAUGCUGCUGCAACUCGUGAGCGACACCAACAAGGAAAGCAACUUCAUCUCUGGAUUUCUGUCUCGACACAAGAAUCACAGUCAGAAAACCAGGGUGGUGAAAUACAAGGGCAGUAACAAAAUCCAAGGACAGAAGGUAUCAAAGACAUGUUCUCUCUUGUGAAGGUUGAUAGUUGGUGUGACUGCAUGGGUUCAAAGAGAACAGUUUUGUUACACAGCAUUACUAUUUAGGACAAUACGGGUGAUGAACAUUAAAGAUAAAGGAUACCACUGCGUCAGCUGUAAACACGAAGAAGAGUUCAAUGAACUCACCUUACGACUUCGUUGGCAUAAAUUAAACAUGCAAGUUUCUACAAUAUACAUUAAUUUCGGCUGGUAUAGCAACAUGCGCAUUAAGUGCUGAAUUACAUGUAAUUAUAUGAAAUAAUAGAUAAUUAUUUAAGCUUUCCAUAGAGGUAUAACAUGUGGUUCUAGGUGAUCGUAAUAGUUUUAUAUGAUCUUUUGAAUAUGAAGUAAUUCAAUGUAUUUUUCCAUGACGUUUCCUGAGUAAACGUAAUUGGGUGUACGCCUUAAUUCCCUUGCCAGUAGUAUUUACUAUUGGAUUGCAACACAUAUUUAUCUACACUCGCUCUGUAUCACAUAAAUAUUCCCUUUCCAUCAGUUUGUGUUUCCUGGUUUCACUCUCUUCGUCUACAUUAUGUCUUUCAUCUUAAAUUCGUUGAAUUGAAUCGCUAUUGAAAUAUUUCAUGUUUGAUCGCCUACACACUAUGAAACAUGAUCUAUUGCGGGAAGUCUAACACGGUCCCAGGUUCAAAGCACAAAAGUGAUAACGUAGGGAUCAUGUAUUCAUCGUUUAUGUCUUGUGUGACAAUGUGCAAACUAAAGGACACUCAUUUCAAAGGGCAGAGCUGGAAGAUGAAAACGGAAUAAGGCUUUUAAAAUGAAAUCUGAGGAUUAACGCUGAAGAUAUUGGUACUUUUUCAGUUUGUAUGGACCAUUGUAUAGGUAAUGUGCUGAGGUUCUUCCUUAUUGAAAAUCAUACAUCUUUGAAAUUUUAUUACUUUGGUUAAUAGGAUCAGGUCACACAGGAUACAAGUUUGUUGUGAACGUCUAAGGAUCAUUAUAUAAGCUGUUAUAGAUUAUGUAUCAUUUUAGUUAUACUACAACCCCUAGUUUGGCACCAGCCCCACAUAGUUUGUGUAUAUAUCAUUCCGUCCCUGUGGUUGCACUACCGUAACUGCUGGGAGAUUAGGGGAGUUCAGAUGAACCCUUUCACCACUAGUACUGUAGACCAUAAUGGACUAAUCCAGAUCAAUGUAUGAUAGAGUCUACAAAAGUUACCUAGGGGUGAAAGGGUUAAACAUUCUGCCUUACAUUUCUCGGGGAACUCGCCUUACCACUUCGUUUACAUCAAUUGAACAUUUGGGGAAAUGCUGAUAUGUGAAUUUCAUUACAGGUAUUCUUGAACUUAAAUUUGAGCAUUGUUAUAGUAAUGGAAUUACACGUUAUCGUCGUAUGCAAUUCGACGUUCUUUGUUAUGCACUACAAUCAGAAAUAUAAUAAAGCCAUAUAAAUAAUAAAUCAAGUACCCCAACCUACCCUAGUUUUUACCUCCGAUUCUAUUAACAAGUUUACUUAGGCACUCCAUCAGUAGUGGAAUAAGUUUUCCACUGGAUGCAAACAAAUUGAUGGAUGAACAAACAGGGCAACUAUAUAUAUACCCUCUCUACUUCAUAGGCAUGCAUCAAAACCAAAUUGGAAUCCAAUAUUAUUAUUUGAUUUGAUUGUCUACUCUUGGAAUGAAAGGAGACAUAUUGUAUUAGUACGGAUUUUUCUGGUAAUGCUUCUUCUAAUAUGAUGUUGUCCGGGUCGUAACUUUUAAACCGUUAAAGAUAUCUUGAUGACCUGUAUACUUGCAUCACUUGUAGAUGAUGUGCAGUGCUCCGUCAUUAGGUCAUUGUGAUCAAAGGUUAAAUAAGUGCAUAGUUUUCAGGAAUAUCUUGUCAGGGCCAUAACUUUUAAACUGAUAAAGGGGCGACAUGUUUUAGUUCACAAAAACAAAUCUGUAGUAAAACUUUUAGAUUAGCACUCUUCGUUUUAUAUUGUUUUCAGUCUUCUCACCUGAAACAUGCAAUAUGUUACAUUAUUGUGAUAUUUCUUUCAUGGAAUUUUUUCCAUGUCAUUCUUUUUGUCUCCCAUUUUUGGAAGCAGGUUUAGUGACAUAUAGUACAUGUACUAGCAAUAUACAUUAUAGUUUUAUGGAAGUUGUUAUGAGCAUAGAGGACAGAGUACAAGUCACAUGCACUGGUAUAUAUUCUUUAUAUUGCAUUAAUUUGAGAUUGUUUUUACUGUGUACUUCAUCAAACAUUGGCUGUGAUAAGUAUAAAAUCAUUAAUGUACUUUUUUUUCUAUAAAUCACUCAUUUUUGGACUUUCUUGAUUGUAUACAACUAGCAUAUAAAUUGGCUUUGAUAGAACAUUAAAACUGCAUUUCUCUAUAUUGCAUUAAUUUCUGCUAGUACAUGUAUAUCAAAUUUGCUGUGAUAUAGUAUAGCACAGCAAAUCUGAUAUACUAGCAGAAAUUGUGGCUGCUGUGAAUAUUGGGCUGUCCAACUAAAUUUCGAAAUUAAAAGUAAAAUCUGCUUCUUCAGUAUACAAAAUGUAUCUCAACUAUAAGAUAUUUUUAAACUUGGUGCUAUUAAAUAUAUAUAUAAUCACUUUCAAUAUAUACAAAAACCUGCCAAAGUCAAAACAAAGCUUCUUAAAGAUUUUGUGCUUUAUUUUAUUAAUUAAAUUGAGUAAGACAGACUUUUUGCCACGAAAAAAAUGCUGCAAAUACCC